CAGACAUGAGGGAAGAGAAGUGCAAAGACUCCUAAAUGCUAUACAAAUACAGUAGAAAUAGACCUAAAACUUGAUUUAAAAUUCCAGAGCCCUUGAAAUUCAAGGACUUUUUUUAUUCAGUAUUAUUUGCGAGACAACUAUUUUAGAUUAAAACUUGUGUUAUUUUCCAAAUGGAAAAUUACUUUUAAUCCUCACGACAACACUUCACUAUAAAAAGUGUACACUAAAUAUAGCGAACACAUCAUUUCCAACUUUGUUGUGUCUCUCUUAAGUAUUACACAUUUGUUUUACAAAUUAUAUACAUUUUAAUUGUAAAUUAACUAUUUUAGUUUAUUUGUUAAAUUAUUUGUGCGUUAAUUUGUAUUAAUUAAAUCAAUUGCAAGUUUAGUUCAAAACAUAAAACAAUCUCAAAAUGAGCUCAAAGAAGAAGGUGGCGAUCAUUGGGUCCGGAAAUUGGGGAUCAGCCAUAGCGAAGAUAAUUGGCGCAAAUGUGGCCAAAUUUCCGCAUUUCGAUAAAGAGGUAAAGAUGUAUGUCUACGAAGAGAUGAUCGACGGACAGAAAUUGAGUGAAAUUAUUAAUACCCGACACGAAAACGUCAAAUAUCUGCCAAAACACAUCCUCCCGAACGCUAUCGUCGCGGUUCCCGACGUCUUAGAGACGGCCAAAGACGCCGAUAUUCUGGUGUUUGUGGUUCCGCACGCUUUUGUGCCCAGAAUUUGCAAUACAUUGAAGGGAAAGAUAAAGUCAACUGCUGUGGGAAUCUCACUAAUUAAGGGUUUCGGCGAAACACCGAACGGAGGCAUUGAAUUAAUAUCGGAUGUGAUUAAGAAUAUUUUGAGUAUUGAUUGUGCGGUUCUGAUGGGCGCUAAUCUGGCCGGAGAGGUGGCCGACGAGAAGUUCUGCGAGACAACAGUCGGGUGUCGACAUAAAGACAACGGCAUUCUGUUCAAAGAGCUCUUCCAAACGGACAAUUUCAGAGUGACAGUAGUUCCCGACACUUACACCGUUGAGAUAUGCGGAGCUCUCAAGAAUAUCGUGGCAAUGGCUGCAGGCUUUUCUGACGGUUUGGGUUACGGCGACAACACUAAGUCGGCUGUCAUUAGGAUUGGUCUCAAAGAGAUGAUUCGUUUCAUCAAAACCUUUUAUCCCGACGGAACCAAAGAGACCACAUUCUUCGAGUCUUGUGGUGUCGCAGAUCUCAUCACAACCUGUUAUGGCGGCAGAAAUCGCAGAGUUUCUGAAGCGUUCGUAAAGACGGGCAAAACGUUGGAUGAAUUGGAAAAGGAGUUAUUGAAUGGUCAGAAACUACAGGGAUUUCAGACGGCGUGCGAAGUGAUGACAAUGCUUAAGACCAAUGGACAUGUCGACAGAUUUCCACUGAUUGAAGCGGUUUACCUGAUUGGUCGCAAAGACAUUCCUCCCCAACAAAUGAUGGAUUACCUGCGAAGAGAACCCGAAGACUUGUAAUCAAUAUUUUUGCCAUAAUUUGUUCCAUUAGUUGUUAGACGAGUGUUAGGUUUUAAAUGAAUUAAUAGAAAGCAAAGUGUAUAAUGAAUGCAAAUGAAUUUGUGCCUCAAAUUGGUUUGGUUUUUAUAGUUUAACAAUUAUUUUAGUAUCGGUUGUGAAACAAU